UUCUCUCUCUAGAAAUCGAAGAAGAUGAUGCACAUGACCUUCUACUGGAGCCGGCAGGUAACGCUCCUCUUCGACUCGUGGAAAACCGACACGUGGACGAGCUACUCCCUCACGCUGCUCGCCUGCCUUCUCGUCCCUGCCUUCUACCAGUACCUCGAGGACCUGCGCGUGCGCAUCAAGCGCGCGGCCUCCUCAUCUUCCCUGAAAUCCUCGUCCGACGCGCCGAUCCGGGCCCCGCUGCUCAGUGCCAAGCUCGGCGGCGCCGGAGGUAGGUUCUCGGCGGGGAGGCUGGCGGAGAGCGUGCUUUUCGGAGUCAACGCGGCGAUCGGGUACAUGAUUAUGCUGGCGAUCAUGUCGUUUAACGGCGGAGUGUUCGUGGCCAUCGUUUUGGGUCUGGCGAUUGGUUACCUGGCGUUUCGGAGUGGGGACGAUGACGUGGUGGUGGAUAAUCCGUGUGCGUGUGCUUAGAGAUUUUUGGGUGAAUUUAGUACAUUUUUAGAUACUAUUCGACAGGCUGCAAUUCGCAUUUGCCGAUGUGCUAUGAAUUUAGUAAAUUUCUAUAAAAAAAUCUUGUAUUA